CUUACCCAGUUAUGACAUACUUACACACAUAGACCACAUCGAUUCGCUUUGGUGGCAUUGCUUCACACGAGGCUGAUCCUUGAUAGCAUUUGUAAUAAAGACCAUAAUGUUGCAGUGAAAACGAGCUCCUUACUGAGACUUCUAAGCAAGCGCUGACUUCUUUUUUAGGCUCACUGUCAAGCUAUCUGGUCUACAACUGGAUCAACAUGGGAGACUUCGAGAGAACUUUGGCCGUCAUCAAACCGGAUGCGAUGAAACACAAGGACACAAUCAUCCGUCACAUAAAAGAUGCCGGUUUUGUCAUUGUUCAAUCGAGAAUAGUGACCGAGAGUGCACCGAGAUCUUUGCGUGCCAUGUUUGCUGACAGUCACGACGAGCUUCGCAACGCAAUUCACGGAAGUGAGAACAGCACAAGUGCGCGCUUUGAAAUACACUUUUUCUUUCCGAAUGUUUUAUUGGAACCUGUUUUCAACGAGGAAAAGUUAAACAACUACCUUCGCGCAAUGGUGAAUCCCGUUCUGAUGCAAGGCCUUUACGCUAUGGCAAAGGAACGGCCAAAAAAUCCAGUGAUUUGGUUGUCAAACUGGCUUCUAUUGAACAAUCCCUACAAGCCGCAGAUUACAUCGGUUCUAUCUGAUGCGCUGUAUGGUAUCAACACUAAGCCGGAAUUGAUUUCUGAAGAUCGCAAGGCAGCAACAAUGUUUGACCACAUGGGAGCACAGUCCCAGUGUGAUUGUUGUGAGUAUAAGGAUAACGGCAUUUGUGCUUGCUCCUCAUUAUCGAUAAUCGCUGAAGAGAACUGACUUGUUUGAUUUGUAUACCAUAAUAAAAAACACU